GCAUCGAAGAGGUCUGUUGUCUUCUAGUCUUGUCCGAGGUAAUAGAGCUAGAAACCCUCGUCGAAGUACAGCUUAAACUCUUAUACUGGAAUAAACGAAUAAAUGGCAACUGAAAACAAGCCGAAGUCCAGUGCCAGUGUCACUACCAACAGCAAGAAGAGAAAGCAACGCUACCUCCCUCACAAUAAGCCAGUGAAGAAGAAGGGUUCCUACCCAUUACACCCAGGAGUUCAAGGCUUCUUUAUCACUUGUGACGGGGGAAGGGAGCGCCAAGCCUCGCGUGAGGCCAUUAACGUUAUUGAUUCUUUUUAUGAAGAACUAGUUUUUGGGAAGGAUACUAGUGUGAAGCUUGCAGAGUUGCCUAAUAAACCUAUAAAUAAAAAGAUUAAGUUCUCAUAUUCUGAUGUUGAAGGAGACGAUGACGAAGAAAAGGAGGAGGAUGAGGAAGAUGGGUUAGAUGAGAACAAAUCAGGUGCCCCCGAAGCCAAUGAUGCAAAGAAUGAAAACCCAGCAGACGAAAAGUUAGGAUCUCCUUGUCUAGAAAAUGAGAACAGUGAAUGUCAAAGAGAAGAAAAGACUAAUCAAGAAGAGGGUUGUAAAAAUAAUAAAAAACAAGAAAGUGAGGCAGAGGAGCUACCAGCAAAGAAGAAAUGCACAGAAACAUGUGCCCCCAAGUCUGUUGGCCAAGAAAAAGUGGAGGAGAAAUCCAUUGAUAAGCUUAUUGAGGAUGAACUCAAAGAACUUGGAGAUAAGAACAAGAGACACUUUCUCAGCCUUGAUUCUGGUUGUAAUGGUGUUGUCUUUGUUCAAAUGCGCAAGAUAGAUGGGGACCCUUGUCCCAAAGAUAUUGUGCAACAUAUGAUGACAUCUGCUGCAUCAACAAGGAAACACAUGUCCAGGUUCAUUUUAAGAGUGUUACCAAUUGAAGUUGCGUGCUAUGCUUCAGAAGAGGAAAUUUCAAGAGCAAUCGCACCAGUUGUGGAGAAAUAUUUUCCCGUGGAUACCCAGGACCCGCAGAAGUUUGCGGUAAUGUAUGAAGCCCGUGCAAACUCUGGUAUUGACAGGAUGAAAAUUAUAAAUUCCGUUGCAAAAUGUGUUCCUGGACCUCAUAAAGUUGAUCUUAGCAAUCCUGACAAGACAAUUGUAGUUGAAAUUGUCAAGACUCUGUGCUUGAUCGGGGUUAUUGAAAAGUACAAGGAGUUGUCCAAGUACAACUUGAGGCAGCUCACAUCUUCGAAGUAGCAGUAGCUUGUCACAUCUCAAACUGAGAGCAAAGCAGCUUUAGAAAUUUUGGUUCAACUGAACUCCAUUUCAUUCUUGAGCUGCCUCGUUAUAAGAAUUUUCAUCGUUUUGUUCAGAAUGUUCAUCGUUCUGUUCUGACAUUGUUACCAGAAGACAAAAAAAUCUUUCUCGUGGUUUUCUUCCCUUC